CUUGCCUUCUCGUGAAAAAAAGCUCCUGCCAGAUUUUCAUGAUAGCGAGGCGUGUGGGUCGCUCCACGGGUCCCAGAGUAAAUUUGGCAGUGGCGGCCGCUGCGGCGACCCCCGUGGACCCUGGCAACAACGACCCAGGUACAAUCUAGGCACACAUCUGCGGAGCUGUGCAACGCCGGUUACGAGAACAGAGAUUCCAGGUACGUUACCAUUCCCUGUAAAGUCAACCACGAGGGGAUGAGGUUGUUCUUCGAACGCAGCGCCACGCUUGGUACCCGAACGUUUGACGACGAUGAGGCAUUCACGAGGUUGCAGAUGAUCUACAAUAUGCAUGCUCCUCAGAUACCGGUCAUCAACCAGAAUGCGUACUGCGAGGAACAGUUCAACAUCUCGAAGGAACACGUUCGGACAGAACCCCAAUGUCAAACGAAGGCCUCGGAGCAUGUGACCCAGAUCGCCGACGCUAUACAGUGCGCUGGAGACACGAGGGCCAGAGGAGUUGGGAACAAUCCAGCUAGCGAGCCAUCAAAGAUGUUAUCGGGUGGCCGGGCCAUUUUCGAGGAUUGGAGCGAGAAGCUAUUGAACCCGCCCGCUCAAUUUAAACACUCUUAUCGGACAUCUUUCAAAUAUUUGAACAAUGAACUCGAAACACGGAUGGGGCGUUACGCGAUCACGAAGAGGGCGUGUGGAUGCAUAUCUACGAACGGAAUGUUAACCUUGAACGAAUAUCCCGAAGCGGCACACACCAAACAACAGGAAAGCGAUGCCAAAAGAGUAAAUGAGACCGAUGAAGAUGAUGACGCGAAGUUUGAGGAGGCCCUCUGGUAUGUGCUAGGUGACAAUUUGGAAGGGACGGAACCACGAGGAACGCUCCAGGGUUUGCACGACGGAGACGGCUUAAUGGCUUACCGGAAGGUAGAUAGAUCAGAUUUGACAUAAAGAUCAGCGGAUACCCAAUAUUUCACGAAUGCGGCUCAAGAUUUCAAUGUCGACGAUUUUCAACCUGAUGCGUGACUUCCUGUUCUGCGGCGUUCGGAAAUAAAGUAUCGGGUAUGCGGAUGCCCCUUCACGUCGUCGCCCGAAGCAUCAUCGCAUUCUUCUUGCACCAGGUAUGCUUUAAUCACUCCCUUAUAUGUCUUGUACUGCUCGGUUGGAAUCCGGGCGUCUGCGCGCCGCUCAUUUGCCAAAUUUUGAACCGUUACCUUCGGGUGACGAUGCGUAGUUUCGCAUUGUGCAUCGUUUGGCUUCUUACCUCUGAUCCAGUCAGCUUGUGUGUUCUUCUCCUCCGUCGCUUCACCUGGCCAGAAUUGGCCGCUAGGGGUGCUUGCACAUAGCGUUACGACUGGGUUAGAAGGGCGCGCUUGUUCAGCACGCCUUGAGUAGCAGUUCGCAGGGAAGUGUCUGGCAAAGCCUUGUGUCAUAUUGUUUGCUCGUGAA